AUGAUCUACAUAGAUCCAGAAGCUGAAGUCAUAGCUUUGUCUCCUAAGACCUUGAUGGCUACGAACCGUUCCUAUGCGAGGCGAGACAGUUUCAUCACUUAUAGAGCUUUCUGCGACGCCUUAGCGGAAGAAACCGCCAAAAAAAGCGCAGCUUCUCACCUCAACGGUUUAGCCGCUACCGCCAGAACCGCAGGAACUAAUCUCAACUAUCAAUAUCUUAUGGGAACGCUAAACUCACCGCUUCAACCAUUUGUACCGCAACCGCCAACAAAUCAAAACCAUCAUCAUCAUUUCCUGCCGCCACCUCCAUCGUCCUCUUCCUCACUCUCCCUAUGGAUGGGACAAGACAUUGCACCACCUCAACCGCAACCACAUGACUACGAUUGGGAUUUCGGAAACGCUAGAGCUGCGUCUGGAUGCAUUGAUAAUAACAAUAAUAGUGACGAUGAGCACAUUACGCAGACUGCAAACGCUGGCUCGACUACUACUGCUACUACUCUCUCUGUCCCUUCUUUGUUCAGCAGCGACCAAACACAAAACUCAAACGAAAAUGUGAUUAUGUCCGCGACGGCGUUACUACAAAAAGCGGCUGAAAUUGGCGCUAGUUCGACAGCUGCGACCAACGACCCAACAGCGUUUCUCCAGAGAUUCCCGCUAAAAACAUCUGCUCAAAACACCAUUUAUGACGGAGGCGAAAGGUUCUUCGAUUUGUUUGGAUCUAACAACAAAAAUGGAGUAAUAAUGAGUCAUAGUCAUGAUCUGGAGACUGAUAACGCUAGAAAUGACGAUACGGUUGCGUCUGCGGUAGAUGGAUCAGAGAGUUACCCCUGGAAACGUAGAAGAGUUGAUGAUGGCGGAGAAGGAGGUGGAGAAGGAGGUGGAGGAAGGCCAACUCAAACGAUGUGCCAUCCAUCGUCUAUCAAUGGAUGGAUUUGA